AUGGCCUGGAGCAGAGCUUUGAUGGUCUUAGUUUUAGGAAUCACUGUUAGAAGUCAAAACUCAAAAUGUGAAAAAAUGGCGUCUUUGGCAACGUUGGAAGACCAUAAUACAGUGGUGGAGACCAGUUUAAGAUUGUUGAGUGGAACAUGGGUUUCAGAAGGUUGUGAAACUCGUCCAGGUCCAGAAUACGUCCUACGGUCCUACACAUUCGAUAUGGAUGGCAACUACUAUUUAGUCCAACACCAUUACUACGACGAUUCGUGCUCGUCCCCCCAAUUUUCCGUGUUCUCCCAUGGAAGACUUCAACUCAGAACAUCGCUGAUGCAACCAGAGGCAGCAAGUGGCAUCAUGAAAGUAACCAACAUCAGCGUCAUACCGCAAGAUAAUAAUGCAGCUAGGGAGAUGGACAGAGUUGUCGCUAUGGAAUGUCCAGGCCAAGAAUGGAAAACAUGGCGUCGUUACGAAGAACACGUGGUGUUCGACUCGGCUUUCGAGGAAAAACGUAAAACGUACAACUUAUGGGAACCCCGCUACGUUCUGAAUAACCACCAUGACUUGAACCGCAAUAUACACCACAGUUAUGGGGAUAUAUCGUGUUUGGGAGCCUUGAAGUGGGUUUUCAACGAGCUGAGGCUUCUGAAGAUACAACUUCGCCCGAUUAUGGAGAAAUUGAAGCCUAGGAAGUACCCCAGACAGAUGAGAGCUGAGUUACUUUUGGGGGAUAUACAUACAAACUAUAGGGAGAGGGAGAACCAUAUACCAACUAGUUUUCAACUACCUUUAAUCAAACAGGUCAAAGGUGAAAUGGUUUCGAUUAAUAGGCAUUCGUACGUCAUUAAAAGUGGGGCUGGUUUUCCGAGUAGUACCUUCAUUAACAAUAAAACACCACCUCACCUAAUAGAAAAACCACAUUUACCUCCGUAUAUUUAUGGGGAAUGGACUUCAACGCGUUGCGAAGUUAGACCUCUGGGCUUAUAUUUAACCAGGAGAUUCUCCUUUUACUCCGAGGACUCCACCUGGAUAGGAGAACAUAAAUUCUACUCCGAUCCUUUCUGCAAGAUCCCCAAAUUCAUCGUAACAGCAGCGGGUCACUUUACUUUGACCGUCCCCAAUAAGGAACUGAAAGGUACAACCAACAUCGACUUCCAAAUCGAGAAGGCCUCUCUCACAGUCCUAGACCAACGUAUGAUCUACGACCUACGUCUUCCAGGCGUGUGUGGAGUGGACGAAUGGGAAGUGAACGUCCCCAAGGAGUUAAGCUCCACCAACGGAUGUAUGCAGCUUGGAAUAAUCCUUCCUUCAGUACAAUACGAUAUAGUGAAACUGGAAAUGGACUAUAAAGGUUCCUGUUUGUUAUUCCUCGGCCAAGUUCACACCGAUAGCAUGCAGAACAACCAACCAGAAAGACCAACUUCGUUCCAGCUCCCUCUGGUAAAAUGCGGCGAAGUUGCCAGCUACUCGCAGAGUCUCAGGGAGAUACUCGAUGAUGGAGUGUACUAUGGUAGCAGCGUGCAGUUUAAAGCAUGUUUAAGCUUGCAUUUGAGCUUGUUGAUGAUUGUUUUUUAUUUAUUUAGGUAA